CAGAUGCCGCCCUCCUCAAGAAACUACUCCUAAUUAAUGCAAUUUUCACACAAUUUCACUAUUACAUCGAAUCCAUUGACCAAGAAGUAACUUUAAUAAGUAUUAUACCGACAAUUGUAUCAAUAAAAAAGACCUGAUAAAUAGCUUCAGACAAGUAAACCCUUUUAGGAGCAUCAUUACGUUGUGCAAUCUUCCCAAACUUUCCUCAAUUUCAUCACCUCGAAAAAAUCCCAACUUUUCUGUCAAUUUUCAAACCCUUUUGUUCAAAAAAUCAAGGGCUUUUCUUCAUUUUUGUCAAGAAUACUGAAUGCUGGUAGUAAUAAUCCACAUGGGUUCAGAGUUGCAAUAAGGUUGCUUGCUUUGCUACAGUAAAGAAGGAACCUAGAAGAAAAAGGACGGGGAAUAUAUUGUUCAUGUAAAUGGCUUUGCUGACUUCUGUAACAGAAAUUCCACAAAGGAUAGAGAGAAUAAGGUAUCCAGCGGUUGAUUUAAGAGGGCUGAGUAUGAGUUCAUCCAGCAGCGAGUUUGUUGAAGAGAGGAGCAGUUCAACUUCUUCUUCAACCACAAGCCCAAAUUUUGCUCCACCAUCUCGAGCUUUGACAGAUAGUGAUGAUGCAGUGUAUGUUGCUUUGGGGAAAGAAGUCAAAGAGGCAGAGUUGACAUUAUCGUGGGCAUUGCAUAAUUGUGGAGGGAGGAAAACUAUCAUUCUUCAUGUUCAUCAGCCUGCCCAGAAAAUUUCCAUGAUGGGUGCAAAUGUUCCCAUUAGUAGGCUGGAGGAAUAUCGAGUUAGAGCACAUCAUGAAGCCGAGAGGCAAGAUAUGCAAAAGCUCCUUGACAAGUACAUGUUGAUUUGCAAGAAAGCAGGGGUGCAAGUGGAUAAACUAUACAUUGAGAUGGACUCCAUUGAAAAGGGCAUUGUAGAGCUAAUUUUACUGCAUUGUAUCAAGAAGCUUGUAAUGGGAGGUGCAGCUAAAGGACAUUAUUCAAGGAAGAUGAUGGAGCCUAGGUCUAAGAAAGCCAUCUAUGUGCGGCAACAAGCACCUAGUUUCUGUCAAAUUCGGUUUAUAUGCAAAGGGCACCUGAUUCAUACAAGGGAAGGUACACCAAGUGGGGUCAACAUGGAGGGUAUGUCUCCAUUACUUCAGCCUUGUCCAAGUGGAGACAACUUGGAGGUUAUGUCUCAAUCAUUUCAGGCUAGUCUGAGUGAUGAAACUGGACAAUCUCAUUCCUUAAGAUCCAGAUCUGUUCCCCAGGGGGAGAAUGGCCAAUUACUCUCAUCAUUGUCAGUUCCUGACCAUCGUAGGGUAGUGUCUGACAAUCAUGCCCUGAAAUUCACAGGAGUUUCUCCCCGUGACGGCCUUGGAGGUGUAUCACCUCAUAGUAGGUCAAGUGUCCAACAGAGCUCUGAUGGUUGGGACGGGAGACCACAGAGAAGUCAUUCACUGGCUUCACGUUUUUCUUCUUCUUCAUCAAGUGAAAUAAUUGAAGAUUUAGCCUCACUCUCCAUUCCUCGGAUGGUGGGGAGUGGAAAUGAGUUGGAUGCCCCACUUCAUUCUGAUGAGGAUUACUGCAGUUUGUCUCCUUCUCCCCUAGUCACAGAAGGGAAUAUGCAUGAUGAACUCUACAACAGACUCCAACAAUCUAUGGAGGAUGCGGACAUUUCUAGGCGAGAAGCAUAUGAAGAAUCAAUGAAGCAUAGGAAAGCUGUAAAAGAGGCUAUUGAGGCUGCCAGAUGGGCUAGAGCAUCAGAAGCUAGGUAUUCAGAGGAAUUCAGACUGAGAAAAGAAGUUGAGGAAGCGCUAGUAAAGCACAAGGAAGAAAUUGAAAACAUGCAAUAUCAACUAGAUGAAAUCAAGAAUAAGCUCCAAGUUGCUAUGGAACAGAAAUCCUCUCUGGAGUCCCAAAUUGCAACUUCUGAUAAGACAGUAGAGGAUUUGAAACAGAAAAUGUUCGCUGCCAUUGACCUAUUGCAAAAAUUCAAGAUUGAAAAAGAUAAUUUACAGGUUGAGCGUGACAACGCAGUCAGGGAAGCUGAGGAGCUGAAAAUAAAGCAAGCUGAGGAGGCCUCAAGCGCAUCCAUAUCUUGUUUCUUUUCUGAAUAUUCCAUCUGCGAAAUUAACGAAGCAACUCACAAUUUUGAUCAGGAAUUGAAGAUAGGUGAAGGGGGUUAUGGAAAUGUCUAUAAGGGUCAUCUUCAUCACACUCAAGUAGCUAUAAAAGUUCUGCACCAGCAUAGCUCACAGGGUCCCUUGGAGUUUCAACAGGAGGUAGGCAUUUUGAGUACAUUGAGGCAUCCGAACAUUGUCACGCUUAUAGGAGCUUGCCCAGAAACUUGUUCCCUCAUCUAUGAGUAUCUUCCCAAUGGAAGCCUUGAAGAUAGACUCAGCUGCAAGGAUAAUACACCCCCGCUAUCAUGGCAAACUCGAAUUCGUAUUGCUUCAGAGCUCUGUUCUGCUCUCAUCUUCUUGCAUUCUUGUAGCCCUAGAGGCAUUAUCCAUGGUGAUCUAAAACCGGCAAAUAUUUUGCUUGACAACAAUUUUGUUAGCAAGCUCUGUGACUUUGGAAUGUGUCGUGUUCUUGGGGAAGAUAAAUUUUCAGACAACAACACUUCACUGUGCUGCAGAACGGACCACCCAAAAGGCACUCUUGCAUACAUAGACCCUGAAUAUCUUGCGACUGGAGAGCUAACUACAAAGUCAGAUGUCUAUUCAUUUGGAAUCAUUUUAUUGAGGCUGUUAACUGGGAAGCCUGUACUGGGGAUAUAUAAGGAAGUUGAGUCUGCGUUGAAUAAAGGAAACUUGAAAGAUAUCUUGGACUCAACUGCCGGUGACUGGCCAUUUGUGCAAGCGCAACAGUUGGUUCACUUAGCAAUGAGGAGUUGUGAGAUGAGUCGAAAGACUCGUCCUGAACUUGCUUCAGAGAUCUGGAGGGUGCUCGAACCAAUGAGAGCAUCUUGUGGGGCAUGUUGUUCUAGGUUGAUAUUCGAGGAGCAGUCUCAGAUGCCAUCUUACUUCAUUUGUCCCAUCUUUCAGGAGGUUAUGCAAGAUCCUGUAGUUGCAGCUGAUGGGUAUACAUAUGAAGCAGAGGCUUUAAAAGGAUGGUUGGACAGCGAUCAUGACACUUCACCCAUGACAAACCUCAAACUGGCGCAUCGCAAUCUUGUGCAGAACCAUGCUCUUCGAUCCGCCAUUCAGGAGUGGUUACAGAAACGGUAAACCUUAAAAUAGUGCAACAACAAAUUGUUCUUGCAUUUUGUCAUACUUCCUUUUUUUUCUAAAUUAAUAUACGUUUCUUUUGAAUUUUCUGUAACCAUGUAUAGUAUAGAGAAAUAUGUAGGCAGCAUAUGUACUAGCUAGUAGCUACAUUAUAAAAUAUUCGGCGGAAGCAGUGCCGAGGAGCCGGAGUUGUUUAUUUUGUGAAUAAAAAUCGUUGUAAUUGGAUCUUAA